AUGCAAGGUAAUUUGUCUGCUUGGCUAGUCAAACACGGAAUAGUUCAUAGAUCUUUGGGUUUUGAUUACCAAGGAAUAGAGACUUUGCAAAUAAAGCCCGAGGAUUGGCAUUCGAUUGCUGUUAUUUUAUAUGUAUAUGGUUACAAUUAUCUACGUUCCCAAUGUGCCUAUGAUGUAGCACCAGGAGGACUAUUAGCGAGUGUCUAUCAUCUUACGAGAAUAGAGUAUAGUCUAGAUCAACCCAAAGAGGUAUGCAUAAAAGUAUUUACCCCAAGGCAAAAUCCGAGAAUUCCUUCUAUUGCAGAUCCGUUUGCAACUCCUUUGGAAAUAUUGCCCGAAUGGUAUUUUUUUCCCGUAUUUCAAAUACUUUGUACCGUACCCAAUAAAUUAUUGGGCGUUCUUUUAAUGGUUUCAGUACCCGCGGGAUUAUUAACAGUACCUUUUUUGGAAAAUGUUAAUAAGUUCCAAAACCCAUUUCGGCGUCCAGUAGUAACAACCGUCUUUUUGAUUGGUACCGUCGUGGCUCUUUGGUUGGGUAUUGGAGCAACAUUACCUAUUGAAAAAUCCCUAACGUUAGGGAUUUUUUAA